AUGGAUGCAGUAUUCUCCUGUGAUGUUGAUACAAAUAAGUCCUGUGACAUUUGGGAAGUCUACUCCUCUGACACGUGCACGUUGUCCUCCUCCACAGGGCUGAUACGACUGCAGGAGCUGAUCAAGGCCCCGUCACGCUACAACAUCCGGCUCAAGAUCCGCCAACUCCCCGCUGACACCAAAGACGCCAAACCUCUGCUCAAGGAGAUGAAGAGAGGCAAGGAGUUCCACAUCAUCUUCGACUGUGGGCACGAGAUGGCCGCAGGGAUUCUCAGACAGGCGCUGGCUAUGGGCAUGAUGACUGAAUACUACCACUACAUCUUCACCACACUGGACCUGUUUGCUCUGGAUGUGGAGCCUUAUCGUUUCAGCGGAGUGAACAUGACCGGCUUUAGAAUCCUGAACACAGAGAACAGCCUGGUCACCUCCAUCAUAGAGAAGUGGUCUAUGGAGAGACUUCAGGCCCCGCCCAAACCUGAAUCUGGACUACUGGAUGGAUUCAUGACUGAGAAGGAAAAACAGAGCAGAGGAGUUUUACAGGCACAGAAAGAGCUGCUGUCGGGUUCCUCAGAGCUCUGCACCACAGAUCUCGCAUCAAACGCUCCGAGGGCCACCAGCCCGACCAUGCAGUUGUGA